AUGGUCAAUUUUUACCGCCGGUUCCUACCGAACUGUGCUGAUCUCAUGUUGCCGCUAACCAACAUGCUUUCUGGUCUGAAAGGCCCCUUCGAGCUGACUGGUGAAGCAUUAACUGCUUUUGAGAAAAUCAAGAAUUCUCUUGCCAAUGCCACCUUACUCACGCAUCCCGCUCCCGAAGCUCAGCUGUCUCUGAUGGUAGAUGCUUCGCCCGUAGCCGUAGGUGCAGUCCUUCAACAACACCUUGUUGAUUCGACUCGACCAUUUACCUUUUUCUCCAAAAAGCUCUUACCAUCUGAGACACACUACAGUACCUUUGACCGUGAACCACUUGCCAUUUACCUGGCUGUGAAGCAUUACCGGCAUUUCCUUGAAGAUCGUGGCUUAACUACUUUCACUGACCACAAACCGUUGACUUUUUCACUUCGUUCCCACUCCGACAAACACAAUCCGAGGGAAACCGCCCACCUGGACCACAUCUCCCAAUUAAACACCGACAUCCGCCACAUUGAUGGCACGAAGAAUGAACUGGCCGAUAUGUUGUCCAGACCCUCACUGUCUUCCUCCAACUCUCAUACGGGAUCGAUCUUUGCGUCAUGGCUGCUGAGCAACAGCGAGUCGGUUGUCCUGGCGACGAGUCUGUUAGUGGUCUCCAACUCAAAGACGUUCCUCUGA